AUUGGAGUGUUUUCAUUGGUUGAUAAAGGGAUCACACGGCUUGAAAUGCUAAAAUUCUCAGCCGUCAAUAGAACCGUGGCUUUAAGAGAGAUCAGGAAGUACCAGAAGAGCACGGAGCUUCUGAUCCGUAAGCUCCCGUUCCAGCGUCUGGUUCGUGAGAUCGCUCAGGAUUUCAAGACGGAUCUGAGGUUCCAGAGCAGCGCCGUCGCGGCUUUGCAAGAGGCGGCGGAGGCUUACCUUGUGGGUUUGUUUGAAGACACAAAUCUGUGUGCGAUUCACGCCAAGAGGGUCACCAUCAUGCCCAAGGAUAUCCAGCUCGCAAGGAGGAUCAGAGCGAUGGCUUCACCGAGUGAGAGGGAGAGAUCGGAGGAGCCUCCGAAGCUAGAGGAGCCAGAGCCACCAACCAAUGAAGAAUAUGAUUCUGAUGAUUGGGAAACUUUGUCAGAUGACUUUAGCUGUAUGGAGAAGAGUGGGCAAAAAGCGGGGGUUUCGAUGUCGACUUCUCGAAACUCCGCCACACAUUCGGUUCCGGAUAUUUGGAUCCCGACGACGAAGAUGGCUGGUAUGGCGAGCCUGGAACCAGCAGAGAUUUUCUCAACCGUUUGUGCAAUAUGGCUAUCUCCUUCUUCGAAGAACGCGAGCCUAGAACUUGUGAGGGUUCUAAGGGCAAAUUAUCAUCCAUCUUCUGCGGUUACGUUCUACAUCACGUUCGAAGCCAAUGAUACUUCAGAUGGUAAUCAGACGAAAGUGUAUCAAUGCGUGGUACGCUACUUUCCUGGAGACAGUGAAAUGGAUAGGACAUCGAUACUAGCGAUGACUUCACCGAGUGAGAGAUCGGAGGAUCCUUCUUCCCCUAAGCGUCCGAAACAAGAGGAACCAGAGCCACCGACCAAUGAAGAAUAUGAUUCUGAUGAUUGGGAAACUUUGUCAGAUGACUUUCGACUGUAUGAAGAAGAGUGGACAAAGAGCGGGGGUUUUGAUGUCGACUUCUCGAAACUCCGUCACACAUUUGGUUCCGGAUUUGUGGAUCCCGACGAUGAAGAUGGCUGGUAUGGCGAGCCUGGAACCGGCAGAGAUUUUCUCAACCGUUUGUGCAAUAUGGCUAUCUCCUUCUACAAAGAACACGAGAAAACAAGCCUAGAACUUGUGAGGGUUCUGAGGGCAAAUUAUCAUCCAUCUUUUGCGAUUACGCUCUACAUCACCUUUGAAGCCAAUGAUCCUUCACAUGGUAACCAGACGAAAGAGUUUCAAUGCGUGGUUCGCUACUGUCCUCGAGACACUGAAGUAUACUCUUGUAGGCCUAAACCCUAGAGGUAUUAUAUUUACACAAUUGUCUUAGCAUAUUUGAGUUUAGUUUUUCAUCUGACAUUUCAUUGUUCUGCAUACAACUUCUCUCUCAAGUUAUAAAAUAAGCUUUAUCUGUGUGGAAUCUAUGGUAUCAGCUCACCUUCCGCUGGAUACUACUAACUAGUUGGUUAGGUUGAGGCUCGGAGUCUCAUGAUGUCUUCGAUUUCAAUAUUGUUGUUACAUAAUCGCUUGUUAUGAUUAUAUCAGUCCAACUAAUUCUAGAUCGGAAGAAAAUUCUUGUUUGAGUUAGAUCUCGGUAUGUGUUAGGCACUAUGAUAGCAUU